GUGUUCAACCGGGAGAUUUAAAUUUUCGCUUCUCCCGUUUUCUUUAAUAAUAUUUACAAAUAUUCGCGAUGGCUGUUAACAUGCCAUCGUCACCUUCUUCAUCGACGAAGAAGACGUCACUGGAAAAACUGUUGGACUCAUUGGAAAGCAAUGUCGAUGUCAUAUGUGAUGAAAGUUCAUUUAAGAAACCAAGAGGGAAGCUGAAAACCUGCAUUGUUAAUGUGAAAGUCUGUGCACGAGCUGUAGGUUUAUCACAUGAAGAUAUUCUGGGACUGGUUAAUGUUGCUGCAAGUCUACGAUAUGGAAUUCGAAUUAGUUGUGAUCUCAUUCAGUGUUGUAUCCCACAAACAACUUUCCCACAAAGAGCUGCCAUCAGACUUCUAUCAUGUAUAAAUCAUCACACUAUUUCAGAAAAAGCCAAUACAUCAUUCACGAAAUUAGUAUUUCACUGGAUUGUACUUGUCAUGCCAUACAUGGAUGCCUAUGAUAAGCUUCAUGCAGUGUACAAUGUGUUCUUUUAUCUUCUCAGAAAUUAUGAUAUUCUCCCAGAAAUCUGUUACAUUUUGAGUGAGCUGACUUUAUAUCCUGAUGUUACAUUAUUCCGAAUAAAUGAGCUGAUUUUGUUGUGGAAGAAAACGGGGAAUGUCCCUUCAUUAAUUGGUUUACUAACGAAAUAUAAGAUGCUGCAGCCUGAUAAAUUAGGGCUGUCACUUCCAAAAUAUCAACGCUUUUAUAGAUCACCAAAUUCAAAAAUGCAAAAGAUUAUCCAAGCUGUUCAGCUACGAAGGGGACUGGAAUUAAAAGCUUUAGCACAGAAAUCUGUUAAUAGUCCAGUUCGAAAGAAAGCCAAACUGAGUAAAUUAAUUCCUCAGGUUCAAUCUUCAGUAAAUGAUUAUGUACCAACUUCUGAUAUUGUGAGGCCGGACCACUUUCCUGAAACUGUUUCAUUCAACAGGAUACUCACAUUUGAAGACCUUCUUCAGUAUAUCGAUCAAAUUCAACUCCCAAUUCAAAUGGGUUCUGUGAUUGAUAAUCCGUUGCUUCAGUACCUGAUCACAUACAACAAAAACCGACACAUAACAGGCCAGUUUAAUUGGUGGCUCUACCACACUUGUUACGAUGCUCUUCUAGAAAACAGUGUACCAUAUUCUGAUUAUCUGGAAGAGUUUCUGUCAAAGUUAGCAGGCUUCAUGCGUCGUGUUAAGGAAGGCACCCCAGCUAUUGAAUAUUUUCUGUACCAGUUCCUUGAUACCUGGGAUGGAUUUCAUUUUAAUCAGUCCAUUUUUAAAUUGAUUCCACACAUCCGAAUACACAAGUUUUCAGAACUCCAUCAGAUUCUGUUAGAACCCCUGAAGAAAAUAUUUUUCCGACGUGGAACUUAUUUAAAGUGCCGGAUUCUAAUAACAUUGACAGAACUAGUCACCAAUUAUAUAAAUAAAUGGCACCAUCUUCAUUUGUUAAGGAAAUCAAAGACCACCAAGAGUGCUAUUGCAGUGGAAUAUGAGUUCAGUUUCUUUCAAGGUGAUUUUGAUAAUUUCCGAGCUCAUAUUGAGUUCAAGAAGCUUAUUGACUUUAUUGAUGAACUUUGCCUCCUGGGAUUACUCUGUGAGGAUGACCACUUGAUAAUGGUACAUUUCUGCCUAUGGUUCCAAGAACAAUUGCUAAUAACCGUUCUGAACACCAACUUCCCAUUAUUGACCAUUCCAUCACCAGAAUUUGUCAGUCGCCUCAUUGUCUCUAAUCAGUGCACAGUUAUUUCACGUUUGUGCCGUAUCAUCUUAGAUUACUCGAGUGUGUUCCAGAACUUAAAGAAGCUUCAGACACCCUAUAAACUUGACAAACACAUUAAAAAGUUGAAUGUGUAUGUUUUAGAUGUCUGCAAUGCUCUUUGGCGUUACAAAGCUUUUGAUACUGCACAACAAACUUCUGAUUCCAUUUUGUUUGAUUUUGAUAUCUUCUCCAUACCUGGAAUUCGUAGCAAAUCUGUGACUUCAUCUUUAUCCGUGUGUCAUCACCAAGCGUUCUUAGGACAUGUACUGUUAUACCUGAGAAAGGAAAUGCCCCAGAGCCGACAGCAUCCUUCAUUGAUACGAAUAAACCGGAAAAGAUAUUUCCAGUUUCUGCGUGAUCAAGAAUUGGGAGGUUUAACUGAUUUCAUUUCUCGGUUGCAAACAAAAACUGAGUGAAGAAGAAAGCUUGCACCACACCUGUCCAGUGUUUGAGUACCACUUUUUCUACUACAGUUUUAAUGCCACACAAAGCAGACUUGAGCAAUAAUUGGUCGAUCAGUUCCAAGUGCUUUUCCCAUCAUGCAGUGGUUGAUCUAUUGUUAAAAUCUUACGUUGGGUUACCUGUGCAUCAAUAUCUCUAUUAACAUAGAAUGGUCAAGUAAUUUUCCUAUUGAUGAAACGGGAGGUGCUGUCUGGGUACUUUGAUGCAGGUAACUCAUUGUGCUCAGUCUUUCCCUUUAUGCCAGUCUAGCUGAGUAUCUAAGGUAUUCAGUGAAUGGAUGAGUGUAUUUGACUGAAAUAAUUUGAUGUGGAUUAACAAUAAAGAUUGAUGAUUGUUGAUGAAAUGCAUGAGUGUCUAUGUCCAAAGUAGGAUAGUACACAACCAACCAAAGAGGAAGGGCUCUAUGUGGUUGUAUGAGUAACAGCUGCUAGAAAUAACAACAAAAUGUCCUAAGAUUCAUUAGUUAUUACUGUGAGAUCUGUUCAAGCAGAUAUAAUCAAAGGAAUUCUUUUAAGUUUUUUUUCUUCUUCAGACUACCCAAUAUGUAAGAGCGUUUGAUUUUAAGGAGAUUCAGUUGCUAUUUCUAACAGGUCGCUUGACCCCAUAGAGAAGGGCUCUCUAACUAAAAUGUAGUGCAAUAUAAUCUACCAAUUUAAGUUGUAGCUGCACUAUUUUACUGAUCACCAGUUCAUAUUCAGAGUACUGAAUUCAAUAGUUCAAGUGUUACCAUAAAAUGGGAAACUGCCAAACUGUUCUGAGCAGGGUUUAAGUCUCAUUCACUUGGAUACUGCACAAAGUGAUGAUAAACACUUGAGCAAUGAACCAUGGAAGUCUGUAAAGUGUGGACUGGACUAUCUUAGGAACUGAUAGUCUUUCUGUAUUCAGGAGCAGUAAGUAAUUGCUGUAUAUUUUGGAGUCACUAUCCCUUCAUUUCCAUGAGCACCACUCGCAUGCAGCUGCUCUUGUUUAACUAUUUUUCUGUGUAGAUGGUUUCACAACACAGUGUUGUUUAGUUAAUGAUUCAUAAUUUAUUUAAAAACCUGUUUGAGUAAUGAGGGCCAUUUAAAAAAAACAUUAGCACUGCAGUGACUGGUGAAACAUGGGUAUAUAGAAGAGUUGGGGGACAACAGGAUAGCAAUGAUACAGUGAUGAGAAAUAAGCAUAGUGCUUGAAAAAGAGGAAACGUGAGGAAGUGAUGUAGUUUGGUUUGUUGGGGUAAGGUGUGUGAAAUUUUUUCUUUAUUAUUCUAGGUGGGUGGAACACACAACACUCCCGAUCUCUUACACUGUAGAUGGCUUCACAACACUGUGUAGUUUAAUUAAUGACUCCUAAUUUAUUUAAAAUCCUGUUUGAGUAAUGAGGGCCAUUUUCAAACACACAUACUGUUAUAUUGUUUUUGUUUGUUUGUUUGUUUGUUUCCUUUUGGUAUUUUAUAUAAUUGUGUGUCUAAGAAUUUUAUGCAUUGACAGACUUAGUUAUCAACAGUUUGUUCCAUUGUAUAUGUAUCCAUGUAAAUACUGGAUGUAUAGAUAGAUAUACACACACACACACACAAGGGGUUGCUGAAGAGUUCCUGACUUUAAAGGAUUUCAUGAAAGGCCUUGAUGGAGACCCAGCCUUCCAAGAUCUUUUUCAGGACUUAGAAAAAUUGAGUGACUACUGCAAUAAGUGUGCAAAUCUGAGAGGGAAUUAUGUUAAAUAGAAUCAUAAUUAACUGA